CUUCCACCCUCUCCCCGGGACCGCUGGUGGCUUGAUAUUGACAAGGCCACCGACGACGACGCGUCCUACACAACAUGAGCCGCAGACCUAACAAUGUCCGCGGUCCCACCUCCGCGCUCACUGACUUUCUGCGGGAGUCGGGCAUCACCGCCACGACGAUCGCUCGCCGGGCGAGGACUCGCAUCCAGGAUGCGAACCAAGACCAGCCUGAAGCGGGGCCCAGCACUGCUGGUCAGGACCAGGACCAAGCGGCCGACGGGAGUCGAGAAGAACACGGGGCUACCGAGAACGGGGAUGGCUACGACUCCGACAACCUAGACGAGCCGGAGGAGGAGGCGCCCGCGCCGAAGAAGCGUAAACUGUCCAAGGCCGCGGAGGCGAAGCUCAAGGAGAAGGAAAAGGCGAAGGCGAAGAAGAAGGCGAAAAAGGGGGGCGAUGAUGAUGAUGACUACGACGACUCGGAUUACGAUCCGUACAAUGCCCUCUCGAAGAUGUGGAAGGGCGACCUGCCGAAGCCGCCCGUGGGCAGCUUCGAAAAGUGUGCGAAGUGCGCGACACAGUUCACCGUGACGAAGUACACGCUGGCGGCGAAUCCCCCGCCUGGCUGGCUCUGCCACCCCUGCGCGAAGUCAGGCGGCUCGGACCCGUUCAAGAAACCAGCUGCACCGAGGAAGCGCAAGGCCCCCGCAGACAGGCGAGUCGUGGUCCACUUCGAGGAGAGAAAGUUCCCGACUCUGGUGUCUCUAUGCAUAGAUCUCAUCAGUACGUAUAUCGACGACGUCGAAGCCUUGGGCGAUAUCGGUAACCUCAACAUGGACGAAAUCGCGAAGACAAUCUCGAAGAGCCGAAAACUUACGGCACAGAAUGCGCCAUUGUUCUACGACGUUCAGCAUACUCGGCUCAGUUUAUAUGAUGUGACCAACUUGGAACCCCCUGCGCUCUGCGCGCUCGCCAAUCUCAACCUCAAUCUGACACACCUGCGUCUUGACUAUUGCGGACGCAUCAACGACGAGGUGAUGACGCACUGGAAGACUGCUCUACCGAAUCUCAAGCGCCUCGAGCUGCUCGGUCCCUUCCUCGUCAGAACUCUCGCAUGGCAAGACUUCCUUCGGGCCCACCCAUCCCUCGAAGGCUUCCUCAUCACGCAAAGUCCGCGCUUCGACCUCGACUGUAUGCGCGCGCUCGUUGAGAGCUGCAAGGGUCUCAAAGAACUGCGUCUUUCCGAGAUCGGCCUCAUAGAAGACGCCUUCCUCAAGCUAUUGAAGCCCCUCGCCGGGACGCUCACCUCGCUCGAGAUCUCCAAGCCCGGUUCGGCUGGCACACCCGACCCGCUGAGCGAGGAGGCGCUCAUCGACCUCGUCGCCGCGGUCGGCGGCGCCCUCACGCACCUCGACCUCUCCUCCAACCGCGACCUCACCGACCAGUUCCUCUUCAAGGGCCUCAAGCCGCACAUGCGCCAGCUGACGUCGCUCAAGCUCGUCGGCACGCCCGAGCUGACGAACGCGGGCGUGGCAGAGUUCUUCGACACCUGGGUCGCGACGGCGCAGACGGCAGGCAAGGUGCCGAACCCACCCCUGGAGGUGAUCGACAUAUCGCGGAACCACCAGCUCGGGACGGACGCGCUGUUCGCGCUGCUGGAGCACUCGGGGCCUGCGCUGAGGCAUCUGAACGUGCACGACUGGAAGGAGACGUCGCAGGACUCGCUGCAGACGAUCGCUGCGCGCGCACCCAAUCUGCGGACGCUAGAUAUCGGCUUUUGUAGGGAGGUGGACGAUUGGGUUGUCAAGAGCCUGGUUGAGAGUUGUCAGACUCUCAGCGAGGUCAAGGUGUGGGGGUGCCAGAGGCUGACGGUGGGCUGUCCGCGUAAGCGGGGCAUCAAUAUUAUCGGCGUCGAGGCGGGUCAACUCGUCUCAUGACACGAGGCUUCCGUCCUACUCAGGAUCUAGGGGUGCUGACUUUUACCUGUCUAUUUCUUUGCCGUGUCUCUGCUGUCGGUUGCAUCGCUCUGAAGCCACCUAUCUAUGAAGCUGUAUAGAUGCACAAGUAUAUGACAUUUGGUCGCAUGUACAUUCAUCGUGGCA